CAAGACGCGUCACGCUGAAGUGUGUUAACAUCAUGAAGAUUGUGCAGCUUCAUCUCUAUCUGCUCAUAUGGUGUGAAGCUGCGGAGACUUUAACUGAUCAACUAACAGAUUUGGGUCUAAAUGUGACUAUAAACUGUGAUUUUGAUGGAAAGGAGGUUUAUUGGCUUUUACAGAAACUUCCAGAUCCUCCGGUUGGCAUAUUACUCUCUUCCACAACGUCAUCUACUCAUUACUACAGUAAAGCUUUUAGGCAGAAAUAUUCAGUGCAAAGUAAUCAUCGCCUGUUCAUAAAUAAUGUCACUAUUGAUGAUUUAGGACUUUAUUACUGUGUGACCAGAGACAGUCCUCCAAAAUACAGCAACGGCACCAGAAUACACAUCAGCGGACCAACUCCGACUGCAGAGAUCCAGAAUCAGACAGCGGUGAAGAUCAUUGAGAGGAAUCAGACACAUUGGCAGAUUAUUAUCCUCAUAUCUGCUCUGUUGAACGCUGUUCUGAUCAUUGUGAUCAUAGGACUCUUAAAGAUGUUUGUUCAUGCAAGAAACGGAGACGACAUGAAACAAUUUCACAGUACAGACCGACGAAAUCUUCAAGAUAUGGAUUUCGAACCUCAAGACUCAACACAAACACUGAUAUGUUACAUGAAAAUAUAAAGUAACACAAUAUGUCUUUGUCACAGAGCACUCAACGAUGCCUCCUCCUGGUUACAUCAGAUCUCUCUCGCCUGUGUACUAGGACUACAUUUCCCAUGAUCCUUCCCUGCUCAUCAUCUCCUAAUUUUUUUUUUUUUGAAGUGUUGAUUUACACACUCUAUCUCUGACCUGUUUUCUCAUGCUUGCUUGUGUAUUUUGACUUGGACUCUGAGUUUCUGAACUUCAGCCACGACCCCUGACCUCUUCCUGUUUAAACUACUAUUCUUGGAUUGCCCUUGUCUGUGAGCUGUUUUUGAGUUUUAUGUCUGCUGUUUUAUGCUGGCUCACCUGUAUUAAUAAAUUACUGCAGAUGGA